AUGUCCACGCGUCCUCCGGCCGCUGGGACUUCGUUCGUAGGGGACGCCCAAUGCUUCUCCAGGCCGCCCUCUACCAACCCCUCCGGAGUUAGUACACCCUUCACUCCGGUCUCUGUCCCCUCCAACUUGUUUCCGGAGACUUCGACGUACUUGCAGUCCGGUGACUCGAGAUCAGCCUCGUUCACUGACUCCACCAAGCCUUCAAUCCUGGACAACUCAUCCGGGACGGCGAUCCCUCCAGGAUGGGGCCGUGAACUUCCUCCUCACCUCCCUGCGCCGACUGCUACUUCGACUCCUUGGAAGCCCUCCGCGUCUGCCCCGCGCCCCUCCGCUCCGUCGCCCUCAGUCGACGCGAGCGAAAUGCGACAGGCUGCCAAGGACGCGGUCGACAAGUACCACUUCCGCGACUUGCUCGACGCCGGUGGACAGUUCCCCGUCGAUCGCCGGUACCCUUACGCGGCGAAUAGUCUCUUCGACGAUUUGAACGCACCCGAUGCGCUGGGGCGGUAUCGCACUCUAUUCGAAGAAGCGAACGCCUUCGCAGGAGAAGACCUACCUCCUGGGGACAUUCUUGAUCGACAGGACGUCGAAGACAAGGACACCCGGUUCCAGCUGACCGCCAGAGCUCUGACCCGGGUCGAGUACGUCGUGGACGGGCUCGAAUCCUUAGUCCGGGGAAUGCUCCGACUCGAGAACCUUACGAGCCGAUGGAAGGCCGACCACGCCGACACUCUGCUCAGCAUCAUGAGAGCAGCGCCUUCAAAGGGUCUGCUCUCCGACGCGUACCGUGUCAUUCAAUACCGCGUGGUGAAGGCCCUGACGUUGCUGCACCAACGAAAGGAAUUACACGGCGGCUCAGCCGUCCCGUACUCGGUACAGUCAACGCCCUCCAACUUCAGCCAGGGUCUCCGCAACACUAAUACCCGGCGGGAGGUCGUCGACCGAUGGCUGAAGCACCCGGAUAUCUACGCUAACCUGACACCGGAAUACCAAGCGGUGGUCCUACGAAGACUGAAGCAGGGAGAGGGGACUCCGUCGGAUUCAGCCAACGCACAAGUCCCUCCGGAAUUCCGAUUCCAAGUCCCUCCGUCCUCCCUACUCGUCGCACCCAUCGCACACCACGCAUCGACGUCCCUCCGCAAAGAGUCGGAACUCCCACCUCCUACGCCCUCUCCGGAACAAGGAGCUUCCUUUGCGCAGCCUAGCGCGUCAUUCGCCCCAGUUCACCCUCUCCCAUCGGACAAGCAGAAACCUAAGGUUCGGUUCCCGCUCGAGAGCGUCGACACACGACCCCGGUACACUCAACGCACUAGUUUCGGUAACCCGGAGUUCGCCUUGCCUGCCAGCGCGAACCCGGCCGGCCUCAAGUCUGGCUCCCUCCGCCCUUCCAAGACGGCGAACGAUGCAACUUCCGAGUUGCGAUCCGCUCCCGUCCCUUCGACCACCGACCGAGAGCGCGUUGCCCGUCGUUCAUCCGUCCCGUGGCCCAAGAGCCAUUCGACUGCACUGCCCGACUCGGCCGCUGCCCAAGCUGUACGCGAAGCCGUUCACCCCUCUGGUCAACCCCUUUCCACGGUGCUCCCCUCCAAUCCUUACUUCCAUACCGUCGGGCCGGACGUCCUCCAAGCUCCUUUAGACUACCAUCCCUCAGAGUUCGUGCAGACCGAACAUGGGCGAUCCACUAAUGGGCAACCGUACUUCGUCUACCAAGCGCGCUCUGCCGGCGCGACCCUCCCCCGCACUGGAGUCCUGAUCAAGAUGGAGGAGACCUUCCUUUGGGAGAUCGACCCCCCGACAGAGGCGACUCUCCUCCCAGCUCCCCCGGAAGCGGUAACGGCGGCGGAGGAUACGGUCCCCCAGGUAAUGGACCUCCUGGUGGCGGACCCCCUGGUGGCGGACCCCCGGGUGGCGGACCUCCUUACGGAGGACCCCUAG